UAUCAGCUCUAAUAUCAAAAAUAUUUUCAAUUCAAUAAAAUUUUCUUUAGUUUUCAUACAAAUAUUUUUUCUCUAAUACCUCCCUACCAUGGGCAAUCUAGCCCAUGAUAUGUUUCUCUUGGACUGUCCCACCUAUGAAGAUUAUUUGGAUACGUUUAUUACACGUAACGAUAUACGUUUUAUACGUAAUAUACGUUUUUCUCGCAUGCUGGUCGAACUGGGCUAUAGAUCUGCUACGGAAAUCUAUACUCCCAGUCAGUUUGAACAACGCAAAGCUGCCGUAUUAGAAUCACUAUGGCCCAUGAAGAAAUCUACCAUAUUUUUUAGUGAUAAAUUAAAAUCAGAUGAUCCGGUAUUGUGGGAAUUGUCUAUGAGGGAAAAGCCUAAUAUACAAAAGAAUAUAUCGACAAUUUUCUUCAUAAAACAUCGUCUCAAAACCGGUUUUGAAGUUUCUGCCUAUAUCGAUUAUGAGAAUAGUUUACGUCGAGCCAAUCUACAUAUCGAGGGUCAUACCAACUGGUCGGCCAUUUUCAAAGAUCAAGCCGCUAUUAUACCUAAACCAACACACCUAAGCUACUUUGACUGGCACAAGGGUAUUGUCAACUAUAAUGAUUCGGAAAAUUAUGCUGUAGUUCAUGAUGUAGAAUAUGGUCUAAUGUUUAUGCAUAAGGGAGAUCAUAAGAAAAUUUGUGUUGAUACUACGAGAGAAUUGUAUAGUAAGAAUUGUACCAGAACUAUGGCAUUCUCAGAGAAUUACGGACAUGUUAUAUUUUAUGAUCACGUUAUAAGAAAGAAAAUAUAAUUGAAAAAAAAAAAUAUAUUGUAUAGAAUAUUGGGAAAAUGAGAAAUUAAGGAAAUAAACAUGAGUCUUCUUUUGA